UCUCUGCUGUUGGGCCAUGGAUGACACAGCAGCCCGGCUCCGAGAGGACCCUGCCGGGGAGACCCUGCUGCCUGAGGCCGGGGUGCAGUUCGAGGGGGGCGACAUGGAGGAGCUGGAGUUCUUCGAGGACUGCGUGGAGGAGUUCCGGGCCCAGUUUGAGGAGUGCAUGGACAGGCUGGGAGCCCAGUUCAGGGGGCGCCUGGAGGAGAUGGGAGAGGAGUUUGAGGACUGCGUGGAGGAGGUGGGGACCCAGCCCAAGGGCAGCGUGGACGAGCUGGCUGCUCAGAUCGAGGAGUGCAUAGAGGAGCUGGGGAUCCAGCUCAGGGGAUACGGAGACACGAGGCCUCUUUUCGAGGGCCGGAUAGGGGAGACGGGGACGCAGGCCAGCGGCAGCGUGGAGGACAUUUGGGCCGGGUCAGGCUGCGCGGACAUGCCGGGCCCUCAGCUGGACAGCUACGUGGAGGAUAUCGAGGCCCGGCUUAAGGGGUGCGUGGAGGAGGUGAGGCAGCACUGCGAGGUGGGCGUGCAGGAGCUGGGGGUGCAGUUUGCGGGCUGCAUCGAGGAGGUGGCAGGUCUGGAGCUGCGCAGGGACGAGCUGGUGCAGGAGCUGCUGCAGCUGGAGGCGCCCAUGGCGGAGGCGGUGCAGGCUCUGCGGGCGGAGCUGGGGGAGACCCGGAGGCAGCUGACCCGGGCGGAGCUGGAGAGGCGGAGCCUGCAGGAGGAGAGGCUGUCGGUGAAGAGGCAGCUGUUCGUCACGGUCCGGGACUGCACCGAGAGCCGGGUUGCCCUGGAAACGCAGCAGCGCGAGUUGGAGCAAUUUGCCGUUGUACAGGGCGAGCUCCAGGCUCAGGUGCAGCAGCUCACCGAGGAGGUGGCCCAGCUGCGGGAGGCCCAGCAGAACCGCCUCAACGCCCUGCGGGGGCGAAUGGACAGCCUGGGGGAGGAGCGGGCGCAGGGAGACCUCUCCACCUACCGCCAGGCCUCCUGGGACAUACGGGCCUACCUGCAGGAUGGGAUCAAGGCCCUGGAGGACCAGUACGAGCCUCGGCUGGAGGCCCUGAGGAAGAGGAAGCAGGCGGCUGCCGACGCCCUGCUGGAGACCAGGGCCCAGGCCCAGGAUCUGCGGGCGCGCCUGGGGCCGCUCAGAGAGGAGGCACAGCGGCUGGGGCUCCAGAGGACCUGCCUGGAGGAGAAGAUAGCUCUGAAGCAGAGGGAGAGGAGCGAGACCGUGGGCCAGUACAGGGAGACCCUGGACACGCUGGAGGAGAGCAGCCGGCAACUGAAGACAGAACUUCAGCUUCAGAGGAAGAAGACUGAGGAGAUGAAAACCCUCAACGGCAGCCUUCUCAAAGAACUGGAGCUGUACAGGGGCUGUGCAGACCUCCAUGGGAAGCUUACUCCCACCACCGAGGGAAUAUGACUGAACGAUUCUCUCCAA